AUGGCCGUUGGCAGGAUCGGCGAGUAUCGUCUCGGCACAAACGCGUCAUGGGACGAAUACGUCGAGAGGCUAGAAAUGUUCUGCGAAGCUAACAAGAUAGCGAAAGAAGAACAGAAAAGAGCCGUCCUGCUGAGUUGUUGCGGCGAAGAAGCGUAUGGGCUCAUGACUCUGGUGAAGCCAGUAAGACCGACAGCAGCAAUUUACGAGGAAAUUAAGACGGCGGUUCGCAAGCACCCGCAUCCAAGGCCCUCAGAGCUGUACGCAAGGUUUUCGCUCUACAAGAGAAACCAGGCUGCCAAGGAAUCGGUUGCGGACUACGUCACGGCGCUCCGGAAGCUAGCCGAAGACUGCGGUUUCAGUGACGAGCAGCUCCCAUUGGACAUCAUGAUGCGAGAUCGUUUCGUAUGCGGCCUCCAGAACGAAGCCGUUCAACAGCGACUUCUCGCAGAACACGACCUUACGUUCAACGUUGCGUACGACAUGGCCGCGACCACAGAAGCGACAGCCAAGCAACAGCAAGACAUACGCAUGCAAGGCCGAGACGAGACGGACUGCCAGGGCAUGAUACAAGCAACCCGCACAAAGCAAGACGCCGCGGCAGAGGGAUCCACUUGGUACCGUUGCAACGCAAGGGACUGA